AUGGUUUUUCCCAAGGUCCCAGCCCGGAGCAUUAGCGCCACCAUCUCUGCUCGACUCUUCCCCGCCAUUGCUUCACUGCCCUGCCGCUUGUAUUCUUCUUCACAGCCACACCGAGACGACGACGACGAUAACAACAGCGCAACCCCAAUCUUCCAUUCUUCAAAUGAUUCCGAACUGGUGUCCAGGAUCCUCCUCCAGCACCAUAAUCCCUUCCACGCCAUGGAGUCCUCUCUGCAGCUCCAUGGAAUCACCCUUACCCCUCAACUUCUACACGACGUCCUCCUCCGCCUCAGGCACUCUUCAAAAAUCGCACUUGCCCUUUUCAAUUAUUCCAAAUCUCUUCCCGAUCCUCCUCUCAGCUCCGAUUCCUACAACCUCAUGAUUGACAUCCUGGGUAAAGUUCGCCAAUUCGACGUUGUUUGGCAACUCAUCAUCGAGAUGGACCAGAAAAAGCUCAACCCCACUUCUACUACCUUCUUGAUAUUGAUUCGCAGGCUUAUUUCUGCUGGGCUUACUCGCCAAGCAAUACGUGCAUUCGACGACAUCGAUAAUUUCGUGGAGGAGAAGGUGAGUUCUGAGGUUUUCUGUUAUUUGCUGGAUACCCUUUGUAAGUACGGGUAUGUGAAAGUCGCCGUUGAAGUUUUUAACAAAAACAAGCACAGGUUUGCGCCUGAUGCGAAAAUGUACACGGGUUUGAUAUAUGGUUGGUGUAAAAUAGGCCGAAUUAAAAUGGCGGAGGGGUUCUUGAAGGACAUGGUGGAGAAAGGACUUGAGCCUAAUGUCGUUACGUAUAAUGUAUUGCUGAAUGGAAUUUGUAGGCGGGCAAGUUUACAUCCGGAAGAAAGAUUUGAAAGGACAAUAAGAAAUGCUGAUAACUUGUUUGAUGAAAUGCACAAGAGAGGGAUUGAGCCAGAUGUUACUAGCUUCUCCAUUGUGCUCCAUGUCUAUAGCCGGGCACAUAAACCACAGCUGUCCCUAGAUAAAUUAAGAUUGAUGCAGGAGAAAGGAAUCUGCCCAACAGUAGCGACAUAUACUUCUGUUAUUAAAUGUCUUUGUUCCUGUGGCUGGCUUGAAGAUGCUGAGGAGUUGCUCAAUGAGAUGGUAAGGAAUGGGAUAAGUCCAUGUGCUGCAACCUAUAACUGCUUCUAUAAGGAAUACAGGGGCAGAAAGGAUGCAGAUAGUGCUUUGAAGCUGUUCAAGAAAAUGAAGGAAGAUGGUUUUUGCAUGCCCACCAUGCAAACAUAUAACAUAUUGAUUGUUAUGUUUUUGAAUCUAAAUAAAAUCGAGGCUGUGAAACAACUAUGGAAUGACAUGAAAGAAACUGGGGUCGGACCAGAUUUAGAUUCCUAUACACUACUAAUAAAUGGACUGUGUAAGAACCAAAACUGGAGGCAGGCUUGCAGUUUUUUUGUUGAGAUGAUAGAGAAUGGGUUUCUUCCACAGAAAGUUACUUUUGAGACCCUUUACAAAGGCUUAAUACAAUCUGAUAUGUUGAGAACUUGGAGAAGAUUGAAGAAGAAGCUUGAUGAGGAAUCAAUAACAUUUGGUUCGGAGUUCCAAAAGUACCAUUUUAAGCCCUAUAGGAGAUGAUUUGAUAUCUAUGGAAAUAUGCAGAGUUGUUUAAAGCUGCUAUGCACAAGCUGGCGGUUGAUGGAUCUGAAGAUUUCGUGCUGGUGAAUACUCAAUUGUUGGGCACUUAGAGGCACGGGGGAUUUUAACAGGUCACAACUGGUAAAGAAGAGAACAAAAGGCGCAUAAUAUGGUUGUCACUGUCAGUGUAGCAUUACAUGCAGGAUCCGUAUUCUCCAGUCAAGAGAUGAGAGAUACCACCUGCAGGAUGAAGAAGUUCUUGCUUGGAAUUUAGGAUCGUUAGAAACAGAGGUUAAGCCAAGAAAUGCAGCGUGAGGGAGAUCAAGACGCGUAGGCGUAGCUCAGUGAAAAUGAGAAAGAUGGCAAUAGUUUGGUUGCUGUUGCUGGAUAAUUGUUUUGACGUGGGUAGAGGUGUUCAAAGCCAGUCCGUCCCGAUUAGCUUGUUCCGGUCCUGGUCUUAUUGGGACAGGACGGGUCCUUUUCAAA